CCGGGGCCGCCGGGCUCCGCCGCCCCCGCCCCGCGCAGUGCCGAGCCCCGAGCGGCCCCGCGGCCCGCGGGCGGCGCGGACCCAGCAGCGGCCAUGGGCGGCCCCGGGCGGCUCCCGCAGACAUGCUGAUGUCUACCCCUUGCCAAGACCUGACCUACCCAAGGCUGGCAGACGCGCAGGUGUCCGUGUGAACCCCAGUAAGAGAAUGAGUGAGAGAGACAUACAAAGCCUGAGCAGAUGGGUUUUCGUGCUCACUCUCUGCCUUACCACACUGUGGGGAAGACUGACGCUGGCCUCCACCCACCACAGAAGCCAUUCAGUGCACGUAGAGCCUGGCACCUGCGAAGUCAUCGCGGCUCACAGGUGCUGCAAUAAGAACAAGAUCGAGGAGCGCUCCCAGACGGUGAAAUGCUCCUGCUUCCCGGGGCAGGUGGCGGGGACCACGCGAGCUGCACCCUCCUGCGUGGAUGCCUCCAUCGUGCUGCAGAAGUGGUGGUGCCAGAUGGAGCCGUGCCUCGACGGGGAGGAGUGCAAAGUGCUGCCCGACCUCUCCGGCUGGAGCUGCAGUAGUGGCAACAAAGUGAAGACGACCAAGGUCACGCGAUAGCAUCCGUGCAGCUCGGCGGUGCCUGACCAGCCCCAGCGCGGCUCCUGGCGCUCCGCAGAGCUGGCAGCAGCAGGAUGUGGUCCAGACGGUGCCUGUGCAGUUGGGAUGCUCUGGAGCUGCUGUCCUGCUCCUGCCAGUGGGACCGUGCCGGAUACCAGAUUGGAGCAUUCACUGAGCUCUGGCUUCCCAGGAGAUGGCAAGUGUGGGACUCCAGCACAAAGGCAAGACUCCUGUCACUCCCAGGAAGAUGCUGACCGACCAAGAAAUGGGCUCAUUUUCCAUCUUCUUAAAUAAAAUACUCCAGUCCCGUAAGAGCUGUCAACAAUGCAGACAGAGAGUGGCCCACCCGAAAUGGGCUCUGUUCUGAAAUAGCUGAAAUCCUUGCUGUGAAUCGCCUUUCCCCAUCUCCCAAGAUGUUGAAUCGGAGUCGCUGUCAGGAAUUGGGAAGCCAACGGUUGUGUGAAAGCCUCUCUCGUUUAUCUCGUGGCUCCUGAAGCAGGCGCUGAGCUCCGAGCCUGACCUCGCGUCACCUGGGAGCUGCUCCAGCCCCGGAGCGUUGUGCUUUCCUUGUCCCAGGAUUUGGCUGCUGCGACUACACGUGGUGGAUGCAGCGGUGUGGCCGGGGCUGCCUGACACCCCAUCAUCCCUCCGGAGAUGGUGAAAUGUCUCCAUGGAGCAUGCUGCUGGCUUCUCCUUCUUUGGUCACUGCAUUAACCAGGCUGCGAGUCUCAUUAAUAGCUGUUCUCCGCCGUGCAAGUCCCAGGCACCGAGUUUCCGCUUGUGUUUGCAAUCCAAUUUCGGAUACCGUGGGGGGGAAGCCCUUGGGUCUGGUGAUGCUGAUGCCGCGCAGAGACCCAGACCCAGCCAGGCUUCGUUGCUUUAAUUAAAAAUAAAGGAAAAUAUACCAUCUCCUGGCCCUGAGCUUGUGACCUUCUCCAGGAUGCAUCAUCUCCCCUGGUGUGGCAUCUCCAGGGGGAGAGGAUGGGAGCCCUGGUGUCAGCGGGGCUGGGGUCUGCGGGGCUGCUGCACUUGUGGGGCCGGUGGCACGUGGCCUCAGCAAAGGCAUCGACGCCUCCCCGGGUCCCCAGCCCCGCUCCGUGACCUGCCAGGGGGACGAGCCAGCUCAGGAGGGACCGGGCGCCGGAGCUGGCAGCACAGCGCGCUGCCCAGGGGAUGCUGGCAUGCGUGCAGCCGCCUGCCUCCGUGCUGCAGCUGCCACCAGCACCACUCAUUAUUUAGACGGUUUUUUUAAUGGGGUACGUAAUCCCGGCUCCAGAUGCGAUGUAAAUACCAGACUGUGAAAUAAUAAAUUCAUUUUAAUCUCUGCAAAGCAUCUUUUCAUUCAGCAGCGAAGGGAGGCAUUGGGAGCCCUUCUUUUGCCGACCGGACCCGAGGCGGAGGGGCUGGGGGCUCUGCCCUGGCUGUUGAGCAGCAGCUGCUCUCAUUACUCAUACAACUG